GUGUCGUGUAGUAUAGUGUAGUGCUAUUGUGUUAACUGAGUAACUAACUGGUGCGAUCGAUUAACAACUGUUGAGCGCGCGUGUGUGUGUAUGUAGAAAAAUGCAAGAAGUGUGCAGCAACUUGGACCCCCAAAUGGGCGCACAAAUCAAAUCCGAAUCGCCAUUGAAUGCGCUGCAUGUGUCCACGGGCGGCCAGACGAUAGUGCCAAUAGUGCCGGUGGCACCGACGGUGGUGCCCGUGUCGGUUUCAGCGCCGGCGCAAAUGCCGCUAGUGCCACAGCCGCCACCGUUGCCGCCGUCAUCAGCGGCCAUGCUUGUCAGCAGCAAAAUGGGACCGUCAAACUGUGAUAAACGUGUGACCGCCGCCGAUACAGCGUACUGGAUGGCCGCCUCCGAGGGGGGUUUCAUCAACUCACAACCGUCCAUGGCUGAGUUUCUCAACCAUUUGAGUCCGGAGAGUCCGAAGAUGGGUACACCUGUCGGUGGUGGUGGUGGUGGUGGCGGAUAUCCGGUUGGUGUUGGUAUUGGUGUGCCACAGACGGCGGACGGCAUGGAUUCGGUGCCCGAGUACCCGUGGAUGAAGGAGAAAAAGACAUCGCGAAAAAGUCAAAAUAACAACAAUCAAGCCGAUAAUGCUAUAACUGAAUUCGUUCCAGAAAAUGGUCUCCCCCGGCGCCUGCGUACUGCCUACACCAACACACAACUGCUGGAACUCGAAAAGGAGUUCCAUUUCAACAAGUAUCUGUGCCGACCGCGACGAAUCGAAAUUGCCGCGAGCUUAGAUCUGACCGAGCGACAGGUCAAAGUGUGGUUUCAAAAUAGACGAAUGAAGCAUAAGCGUCAAACUUUAUCGAAGACGGACGAUGAAGACAACAAAGACAGUCUAAAAGGUGAUGAUGAUCAGUCUGAUAGUAACUCCAACUCGAAGAAGUCUUGUCAAGGCUGUGAGCUGCCGUCGGAUGAUAUACCAGAUUCCACCUCGAAUUCACGGGGGCACAACAACAACACACCCAGUGCGACCAAUAACAACGCGAGCGCCGGAAGUUUGACGCCGAACUCGACCUUGGAAUCGGGCAUAUCCUCAAAUCUGCUUGGUAGCUCAACUGUUUCCGCGUCGAAUAUGAUCAGUGCCGACUCCAGUGUGGCUUCCAGCGUCAGUCUUGACGAAGACAUCGACGACAGUCCCAUCAAAGUGAAGAAAAAAGAUGACAGUCAAGUGGUCAAAAAUGAGGCCGUUUCGACAUCCACCAAAGCGUCGCCAUUCCCCUAUGAUUCACCGGUCGGAAAUGGUGGCAGCAACAACAACGUUACUGGCAACGCCGCUGCAAUGUUGUCGGGUGGCGGUGGAUUUCGUCGAAACUCAGACGCACAUUCGGCGGUGAAUUCCAAUUGCGGUCCCAACACCGAAGGCGGUUCGCGCAGAAAACGUUUCCAAAAUGGCAACAACGCGAACGCAGGAAAUAGUGAGAAUAGUGGGCGUGCCGGCAUGGCCGCGUACUUCCACGGUGGCUAUUACCCGAAACACAACCAACACGAACAACGGCCACACUUACACCAUGCGCAGCAGUCGCAACUGCACCCACCACCGCCACAGUCGCAGCUGCCGUCGGCGCAGCUACAAUCGCCGCACGAUUACUACGGCAAGUACGACAUCGAAUUCGCCGCCUCUGCUUCGCCACAACACGGGCCGCAAGCGACCUUGCCAAUGCCACCACACCACAAGUUGCAACAAAUGCCAAACAACAGCCAACUGCAACACCAGUCGAAUGGUGAAUAUCCGAGCGCCAAACCGGACUUCAUUAGCAAACUCUCGCCCGACAUCCACAACCCGAAACUUCAACAUGAAUUCCAAGCAGCCAAGGCAGCAGCUGUCAAUGCAUUCCAACACGCGCAAACUCACCACCAGCCACAGCCACCACCACACCAGCAAGUUUUCUACAAUCAUGGUGGCGAGCCGUUGCCGCCAGGUGCCGCUGGCCAGUAUAUGAACUAUAAUCACCACGCGGUGGACAACGGUGGUGUGUACAUGCAUCCCCAUCAUCAUGCUGGCGCUGAGUUCGAAGCGACAUCUCUGAACGCAAGCGGCAAUUACUACGAAGCCAAGUCACAAACCGCUGCGUAUUACGAACACUUGAAUUUCCAACAGCAACAGCAUCAACAACAAAUUCAUCCCGACUUUCACCAACACCAGCAAGCGCACGACGUUCAACAACAGCUACAACAGCAACAACAACAGCACAUUGGUGGCAUACCAGCCGAAUUCAUGGUGGAUGGCACGCCGCAUAUGAAGAUUGGCGCCGGCGCUGCGCCGACAGUCACAUCAGCCGAUGUCUACAUGCCGCCCAAUGCCAGCGCUUUGGGUGUGCAAAUGGAGAACUGUGAUGGCAGCUACGGCAAUUUCGCCACAUUUUACGAGAAUGGCCAAGCUCAGCUGCAGCAGCAACCUGGCGGCAUGCCACCACACCAUCCACAAGCACAUCACCAUCCACCGCAUUCACACCCACACCAUCAGGCAACGGGCGGUCAAAUGAACAUCGGCGCAAAUAAUUUCGCUCUGAAUGGCGGUUCGCCGGCAAGCGCCGCCGCUUAUCCGAUGGCAGGCAAUGGCGGACCCGUCGCCGCGGCUGGCGGAAAUCUAACCGGCAUGGAGAAUUCAAACAGCUCAUCGGACUUCAACUUCCUUAGCAAUCUGGCAAAUGAUUUUGCACCAGAGUACUACCAGCUGAGUUAGUUCAUCUAAGGCAAAUAAAUGCUGUUUCACGGUCCAUUUAAUUU